GUCUGUGACGCGCUGUCGCCUUUCUUACAAAAAACUCCAAAUUCUUUCCUUCAAUUAAAGCUUGCUUUUUGCGACACUUAGUAAUUUACUCAUUCCUGUAUAAGUCAUAACCAUUCAUUACUAUGAAAAGAUCACUCGAAGACGCCGAAACCGAUCAACGCGCUAAACACUUGAAAGCCUAUAACAAUACAUCACCAUCUAGUACUUCCUCAUCACCACAAUAUAUAAGGGAGCAUUCAACCUCACCUUAUCAUUAUAAUCGACCGCCAUCGAAAAACCCACGUUUUUUCAAGGGCUGUUCAAAGAUAACAGAUUAUGAGUUUUUAGAUAAACUGGGUGAGGGCACUUUCGGUGAAGUACAUAAAGCUAGAGAUAAACAUACGCAAAAGUUAGUUGCUUUAAAGAGGAUUCUAAUGCAUAACGAGAAAGAAGGAAUUCCAAUCACAGCUAUUCGUGAAAUCAAGAUUCUCAAACAACUGUCUCAUAAGAAUAUUGUUCCUCUAACUGAUAUUGCUGUUGAAAGAGGUGAUUUGAGUAGAAAGGAUAAAGGUGGAAUCUACAUGGUCUUUCCUUAUAUGGAUCAUGACCUGGCGGGUUUACUGGACAACCCUAAAGUACGUCUAACUCAACCACAGAUUAAGACUUAUCUCAAGCAAUUAUUAGAAGGAACAGCCUACCUUCAUCAUAAUAAUAUUCUUCACCGUGAUAUGAAAGCUGCAAAUUUGCUGAUUAACAACGAAGGCAUAUUGCAAAUCGCAGAUUUCGGUUUAGCAAGAGGUGUAGAGAGUGGUAACAGAGAAUAUACCGGUUGCGUUGUGACAAGAUGGUAUCGCCCGCCUGAGCUAUUCCUUGGUGAACGACGAUAUACUAGCGCCAUCGAUAUGUGGGGCGUGGGUUGUGUUUUUGGUGAAUUGCUUAAAUCGAGGCCUAUUUUACAAGGACAAGAUGAUCUUGACCAACUCAAAAAGAUCUUUCAACUAUGUGGAUCUCCCAAUCAAGACAAUUUUCCAGGUUGGGAUAAGUUACCAGACGCCAAGAAGGUUAAAUUUGAAACCACCCCACGACACGUUAGAGAGGAUUAUAAUCAGUUUGAUCCCUUGGCUGCAGAUUUAAUGGAUAAACUACUUGUAUUGGAUCCUGCGCAACGAAUAACAGCUCUUGAGGCAUUGGAGCACGACUAUUUUUAUACUGCACCUUUGCCAGCAGAGCCUUCCGAAUUACCCAAAUACGAAGCGUCUCAUGAAUUUGACAGAAGAAAAAUCAAACGUCAUCUUAUUUAGAAACUACAUCAUAUUUAUUUAAUUUUACACGCUUCCUCCUAUAUCGUUUGUUCAAAGUGCAUCAUUUCUUAUACAGUUACCAUUAUUUCUAAUGUAUUGCCAAUUCUUAAAACAAUGAAUACGUAUACAACUAUC